AUGCCGCCCAAAAAGAAUAAGAACAACGGAGAGGCAAAGCCAAGUCUGUCAAAAUUCAAGGCGGCAACCUCGUCCGCCCGUUGUAUUUCGAGCCCUUGGGUCAAGUUCGGAUGGAUUGAAGCUAUCAAGCCAGAAGUCAACCAGAUAAUCGAGACGGUCAAGGGAGAUAUAUCCGCCAUGUAUACUCUGCAGAUUCCGAGAGACCGUCCCAUAGACCCCUUUUCGAUCCGCAACGCCUUGUUCUGGGAGCAUCGACACCUGGCUAACCAACGGGUCAUCUCUACACCCUCGGCAGAUCACCUGAAUUUCUGGUCAAGCGACCAUGCCCAGUUCGUCGAAACACUCCAGAAGGUCUGUCGUCAGGUACCUGAGGACCGUGGGAGCAUCCGGAUGCACUACUUCUUUGAAGGGAUCCGAGAGCGAGAAUUCCUGCUGUGGCCAGUCAAAAUCGGCAACGUCUAUGUUACGAUUUUCCUGCGCAUACAGGAUAAAGAGAAUCUGGCCAGUCGCGGUGACGGUCUUCCUCAUUACCCCCGGGAGUACAUCAAUCGCGAGGUGACCGAUAUCGUGAUAGUCGACCCCUUGCCAGCAGGACGGGGAGAGAGAAGGGCCAUGAUUCUUCACAGACUGGAUUAUAUACUGCUCGAGGCUUGUAUCGACAUCUCGGCAGACCACAACAUUCACAAUUUUAGGACCAGGGACGUGGAAGAUGAGUGGGAGACCGGGCUUAUUGCCUAUGCUAUCUCUCGCGAGCUCAUGCGACGUCUCAGGGUAGUCCUGUGGAGAAGAGAGUUUCUUCGACGGGAUCACUACGACCUUCUCUGGGUUGCCUUUGAGGAGCAUUAUGACAUUGAUGGUUAUAGAGAGGGUCUCAUGGCCGUCCCCGAUGAGAAGUAUGAAGCGUUCCAAUCUCCGACACACAGUGUCGCUGCUCGGGUACCGGAGCAAUGGCGACACGUUGGGGGCCCAGAGACUGCCGCAGACCAGGACAUGGACGAAGGUUCCACGCAAACUACAGUCGAAGAGGACCCCGCGAGUCAGAGCAACACGGGGAACGACCUGGGCUCUUCUGUGGCCUCGGAAGAGGAUGAGCCAUCUGAACUAGCCCUCACACCCGUAGAAUCGACGCAACCGCCACCUUUCACCUCGAAGCGAGACCUGGCCCCAGGCUCCGAACAGGAUCCUCGCGAGCACCUUCAGCUACAAAAACUCAACAUACAAGACGGGGCGGGGAAGCCGCAGAGGUACCAUCCCACGCAGGUUGAUCUACCUCACGAGACGAGUCAACCCAUCCAGGAGACCCAAGACCAGGAGAUGACAGGCACAGGUGCCGAAGAAGGGGGUUUCGAUGAGACGCAGACCAGCGCAUACCAGCACAACUACACCUCCGAAGGCGCCGUCGCGAGCCCUCUUCCCAUCACGCCAGUGCAACCCCGGGCACCAGUAGCGCCCAUGAUGUCCACCGACAUCCCGCAAACCGUUAUCCCGGGGCUCGGAAGCCUCAGCGCACUUCAGAAUCCAAUCACGAAAGACAACGAGGCGGAAUCCCUCUUCGUAGUCGAGACGCCCCAACGCGCACAAUCCCCCUGGUUAGGUGCUAACCAAACCGGCCAGAGUCCUCAGUCGACGGUUCCUGCGACGCAGUAUCCCGAGUCCCCCGUCCCGCAGGGCGAGUACGACGUUGCAGCUGGGAGGUCGCUGGCGCAAUCUGCGCUGCAGGUGAUGAAGAUGGGCCAUGCGCCGACUGGUGUGCCCGCGGUCGGGCCUGGUGACCUGGCUUCGCAGGCACAGCAGCCGGGACCGUAUGACGAGCAGGCGGCGGUUGAUGGUUACUCGCUGAAGCGAUCAAUGGACGGUGGUGAGGAUUCCGCGUCCAAGAGGCCGAAGUACGAAGAUGGCCAGUAA